GCAGCCGCUCAGCCCCCUGCCCCCAGCCGCCCGCCUUCUGCCUGGGCCGGGCCGAGGAUGCGGCGCAGCGCCUCGGCUGCCAGGCUCGCUCCGCUCCGGCGCGCUUGCUAACUUCCCUCGGCUCUGUCAUUGCCCGCCAGCCGGGCCGCCCCGUUUCCCCGCGCUCUCCGCGCUCUCCGGGUGGGGUCCUCCAGGCGCGUCGGGCGCUGCCGCCGGGUACCCACGCUUCCCGCCCGCGUGCCCGCGCUCUCCGCCUGCGCCCAGCGCCCGCUCCAGGUCCUCGCGCGGUCAUGCUGCCCCUCUGCCUCGUGGCCGCCCUACUGCUGGCCGCAGGGCCCGGGCCGAGCCUGGGCGACGAAGCCAUCCACUGCCCGCCCUGCUCCGAGGAGAAGCUGGCGCGCUGCCGCCCCCCCGUGGGCUGUGAGGAGCUGGUGCGGGAGCCCGGCUGCGGCUGUUGCGCCACUUGCGCCCUGGGCUUAGGGAUGCCCUGUGGGGUGUAUACUCCCCGCUGCGGCUCGGGCCUGCGCUGCUACCCACCCCGUGGGGUAGAGAAGCCCCUGCACACGCUGAUGCACGGGCAAGGCGUGUGCAUGGAGCUGGCGGAGAUCGAGGCCAUCCAGGAAAGCCUUCAGCCCUCUGACAAAGAUGAAGGUGACCAUCCUAACAACAGCUUCAGCCCUUGCAGCGCUCAUGACCGCAGGUGCCUGCAAAAGCACUUCGCCAAAAUGCGGGACCGGAGCACCAGUGGGGGCAAGAUGAAAGUCAUCGGGACACCUCGGGAGGAAGUCCGGCCUGUGCCCCAGGGCUCCUGCCAGAGCGAGCUGCACCGGGCCCUGGAGCGCCUGGCUGCCUCACAGAGUCGCACCCACGAGGACCUCUUCAUCAUCCCCAUCCCCAACUGUGACCGCAAUGGCAACUUCCACCCCAAGCAGUGUCACCCAGCUCUGGAUGGGCAGCGCGGCAAGUGCUGGUGUGUGGACCGGAAGACAGGCGUGAAGCUUCCAGGAGGCCUGGAGCCCAAAGGGGAGCUGGACUGCCACCAACUGGCUGACAGCUUCCGAGAGUGACACCUGCUAGCAGGCAGGGGGCUUGGUGCCCCCUACUACCCCGAUGCUUGGGGGCUGCAGAGUUGACCUGGAGUGGAGUCUGAGUCUGGGUCCAAACUUUGCCUUUGACCCAGAAGUUUCCCUUGGCGUGUGUACGUGUGUGCGCGUGUGUAUGUUUAUGGGCACGAGUGUGCCCUUGGGGUAAGCCAGAGCCUGGAGUGUCCUCUUUGAGCUUAGAUAGCCCAAGAGGUCUGAGAGUGGCAAUGGGGAGCCCCGUUGUGUUUCCAGAUCAAUCCUGGAUUCAUUCAUGCAUUCAGUCAUCUAAAAACAUUUAUUGACCACAUAUUAUGUGCCAGCUGUAGUUUCCAGCCCUGGGUGCCCUUGUUCUGACUUCCUCUAAUUGUGGCAUAUGAGCCAUUCCCGUAAAGUGAGCGUAGGCCUGUGGGAGAAGAGAAAUCUCUUUCCUAGAGUCAGAGAGAAAGAGAGACGUGUAUAUUGUCUCUUCCCUUAUCUAGUCACAGGGUGGGAGCCAGCUCAAGGACCAUGAGACCUAGAUCCACACCCAAGGCUUAGGCUUGCCAGGCUCCCCUGCUCUUCUUCCCCACCCCCCACUCCCCAUUGUGGGGGAAAGGACCUGGGAGACAAACCUGCUUUUGGGCCUGGGUGUUGUGCCAUCUGCUUGAUUGCUUGGCAGCUGAGACCCUGUUUUGAGGGAGGGAGAGGGGACAGAGGAAGGCAUGCAGGACAGAGGGUUCAGAUCAGGCUAUGCCUUUGAGCAGUCAGGUGGGAAAAAGGAUUGCAAGGUUGGGUUGAGCGUGCCUGAUGGAUGAUGUACGUGUUGGGGGAUGAAGGGCUUGCCUGGGGUCUUGUUUCCUAUCCUGUUUGUGGUCACAGCUAUGAAAUCACCAGGGUGACCCCGUCUUUCCAGUGGCUCUGCCUUCCUCCCAACAUCUCUUUCCCCUACACCUCCCACAAGUCCCUCUGAGCAUUUUCUAGCUUGACUGGAGACUUAGGGACCCGCUGGUCAGCUGGGGUGUCUGUCUUUCU